AUGGGGGCUGGGGCCAGCGCUGAGGAGAAGCACUCAAGGGAGCUGGAAAAGAAGCUGAAAGAAGAUGCUGAGAAAGAUGCUCGAACUGUGAAACUGCUGCUUCUGGGUGCCGGUGAAUCUGGGAAGAGUACCAUUGUCAAGCAGAUGAAGAUUAUCCAUCAGGACGGGUACUCAUUGGAAGAGUGUCUCGAGUUCAUUGCCAUCAUCUAUGGCAACACACUACAGUCCAUCCUGGCCAUCGUGCGUGCCAUGACCACACUCAACAUCCAGUACGGAGACUCUGCUCGCCAGGAUGACGCCCGGAAGCUGAUGCACAUGGCGGACACCAUCGAGGAGGGUACGAUGCCCAAGGAGAUGUCAGACAUCAUCCAGCGGCUAUGGAAGGACUCCGGUAUCCAGGCCUGUUUCGAGCGAGCCUCAGAGUACCAGCUCAAUGACUCCGCUGGCUACUACCUCUCAGACCUGGAGCGCCUGGUAACCCCGGGCUACGUGCCCACGGAACAGGAUGUGCUGCGCUCCCGUGUCAAGACCACGGGUAUUAUUGAGACGCAGUUCUCCUUCAAGGACCUCAACUUUCGGAUGUUCGAUGUGGGUGGGCAACGCUCAGAGCGCAAAAAGUGGAUCCACUGCUUCGAGGGGGUGACCUGCAUCAUCUUCAUCGCCGCGCUGAGCGCCUACGACAUGGUGCUGGUGGAGGACGACGAAGUGAACCGCAUGCAUGAGAGCCUGCACCUGUUCAACAGUAUCUGCAACCACCGCUACUUCGCCACCACGUCCAUCGUGCUCUUCCUUAACAAGAAGGACGUCUUCUCGGAGAAGAUCAAAAAGGCGCACCUCAGCAUCUGCUUUCCGGACUACAACGGGCCCAACACGUAUGAGGACGCCGGCAACUACAUCAAGGUGCAAUUCCUCGAGCUCAACAUGCGACGCGACGUGAAGGAGAUCUAUUCCCACAUGACGUGCGCCACCGACACGCAGAACGUCAAGUUUGUCUUCGACGCUGUCACCGACAUCAUCAUCAAGGAGAACCUCAAAGACUGCGGACUCUUCUGA